GGUUCUUUAUUUUUCAUUUUUAAUAUUGAUACAAUACCAACACUAUUUUAUUAUACCUUGGACUUUAAUUACUUUCAAACUACAUUUAUUUUUUAUUAAUGCACGCUAUCGACAAGGACACUGUGCACCGCUUGUGCUCGGGCCAGGUCAUCGUGGAUCUAGCGACUGCAGUAAAAGAGCUUCUGGAAAACGGGCUGGACGCAGGCGCCACGUUAGUCGACAUCAAGAUGAAGGACAGCGGCCUGGCAUCCAUCUCUGUCUCAGACAACGGGCAGGGCAUUAAAGAAGAGGACCGCAUCUCUCUGUGCCGCAAACACUGGACAUCCAAAAUCAGCAGCUUCGAGGACCUGGAGGGCGUCGACACAUUUGGGUUCCGCGGCGAAGCCCUAAGCUCACUCUGCGCCGUAUCCAAAGUAACCGUGACUACAGCGACCGAAGAAACAGCGCCCAUGGGCGUUCAGCUAGAGUACGACGGCAACGGCGAGCUUGCGGAGACGACCACAGUAGCUCGAGAGAGAGGCACCACGGUUACCCUGACAGGGUUGUUUACUAGGUGGCCGGUGCGCCUGCAGGACCUGAAGAAGAAUAUCCGGAGAGAGUACUUGCGCCUUGUCGGCUUGGUCGAGCAGUACGCUAUUAUUAGUGAUCAGGCGCGGAUCACCAUGUCGAAUCAGACCAAGAGCGGGAUUACCGUGGCUGUACGCACGCCGCCGCAGGCUGACCGCAUGGCUCGGUUGGUCGCGGUUCUGGGUGCCCAGGUUCGCCCGCAUAUGACGCAGAUAGGGUACCGGCCCGCAGAUUCUGCAGUUGCCGACGACGACGACGGGCUGGAGCUGCUGAUUGAAGGUAAUAUAUCCAAGCCAAUACCGGAGGCCGGCCGCAGCGGCUCAGACAAGCAAUACUUCUUUGUCAACGGCCGCCCAUGCGAUUUCCCCAAGGCCAAGAAACUAGUCAAUGAGUCAUUCCGCAGCCACUGUCCGACAAAAUACCCGGUAUUUGCCAUAUCCAUAUCCAUCAACGCCACAACCAUUGAUGUCAACUUGACACCGGACAAGCGCACUAUUCUAAUUCGCCACGAGACUCAGUUGCUGGCGGCACUGAAGGAGGCGUUGGCGAAUGUGCUUGAGCCCCAAGAGUCUAUGUUCAGCUUGAUCGCUGAGCCCGCGCCCAGAGAUAAUCAUGAUAGGCGCAAUGUUGUUUCUGUGAAGACAUCGGUGCCCGGAGUUGUUAUGUGUUAUGUAGAGGACCCGAAGUCCAAAGUUGCUGGCAGGUCAAUUAACAACAAGAGGCCGAGUGGCCAUGAUGCGGAUUUCAACCCGCCUCCCUCGGCAGCAUCGAGGCAGAGGCUCGUCGAGCACAUGGGGGGUGUUAUUUCCAGACCCCAGCCAACUUCUGUAUCUCGCCCAGUUGAUCCCAAGCCGACAUCCAAGAAGCUGCCCAGCAUUCAUGACUGGCAGGGAUUGGCGCUCGGCUGCGAGAAAAACAAGAACGGCGAACAGGGUACUCGAAGAAAGCCAGCAGGGGCAAGUACUGCCGACGAGUAUGCUGCAUUGACACAGCUACGCCUCUCGGCGCUAUCCCAGCUAAUACACAAGACUGAUUUUGCGCGUAUGUCAGUCAUUGGCCAGUUCAAUCGCGGCUUUAUUAUAGCGCGCCUCGACCAAGAUCUGUACAUUAUCGACCAGCAUGCAUCGGACGAAAAGUAUAACUUUGAGCAACUGCAGCAGCGCGCGGUCAUUUCCUCUCAACCGCUUAUUCGCCCGGCACAGUUAGAGCUAAGCAUUGUCGACGAAGGCGUAGCCAUUGAGCACAAGGAGACGCUGAUGCGCAAUGGAUUCCACGUACGAGUUGAUGAUACGGAGGCGCCGGGAAGAAAAGUCAGUCUGUUGAGCCAGCCGUUUAUCGACCAGACAUUGUUCAAUCAGCAGGACCUGCUGGAGCUUGUUGGAAAGCUGUGCAUUAAUCCCGAGUCCAUGCCUCGGUGCGAAAGGGCACGUAAGAUGUUUGCAUCUAGGGCUUGCAGGCGGUCAACAAUCUUGACGCAGAUGAAGGCCAUCGUGCGCCAUUUAAGCGACCUGGACCACCCGUGGAAUUGUCCGCAUGGUCGCCCGACAAUGCGCCACCUGCACCGACUAAAGGAUUAAAAUAUGUAUCCAUAUUAAAUUUAUAUGAGGUUAAAGCAAAUGGCAAUUAAAACAAAAACAAUAAUAUAUCAAAUUUACAAAGUA